GUGGAUCAGGAGGACGUGAGGAGCGACAUGAACAACGAUCUCGAGAACGACAACGAGAGCAAGAGACCCGUGAAGCACUACGCCAUGCCACUGGACCGUACGGCGCGACAAUCUGCCCGCGGUCGCGAAGAGCAGAGCAUAUCGAAAGGGACAGCGACGUCCACAUCGCAACCCCCAAUCAGCAUCCCAGUUGCGUCCCCCUUUGUCGACAACGGCAACCGUAUCUCCGCGCUGGAGAAGGAACUUUUUCAGACCAAAUCGAAACUGCGGCUGCAGGAGAUGAGCGAGCGAGAGUCCACGAAACGCAACAGGCUCCAAGUGUUGAACUUGAAAAAGGAACUGCAGAAGGUUAGCAUCCGGCCACCUCGUACUUGGAAAUUUGUUCAAAAGGAGUUCAAAGAUGAGUUCAAAGCGAGUUCAGAACGAGUUCAAAGCGAGUUCAAUAAUUUGGACCAAGUCAAUUGACCUAUCGCAAAAAUCGCAAUGAGCCAGCUACCUUUUGUCGAAAGUCAAUUGCCUUUGCGUGGAGUUUGCGAUAAGUCAAUUGUCUUUGUUCGGAAUUUGCAUAAAGUCAAGUGCCUUCAUCCAAAUUUCAAGAAAAGUCAACUGACUUCUCCUGAAGUCGGCUCAUUUCACAAACGGGCAGCAAAGCUUUGAAGUAUGUGCGCGCUUUUUUUUGCUAGGGCUCCGAAACGACCAGAGGCGCGCGCCGUUGGUUUGCGUUUUCCCGUGCCGCCCUGCGAUUUCGAGAACGGCCCGAAGACACGGGGACGACAAGACGCAAAAAGGGGCGCAAAGCCGCACAACAGAGGCUCCCGUCUGCCUUCUCCACCCUCAGAUCUGUUCCCGGCGACUUCGCGACGGGAUUCAAGGGUGGGGAAACGGGGCGGGCGCCACUGCAUCUGCAGGAGAAGCAGAAACUGAGCGGCUGGGGCCCAACAAGUCGGACAGGCAUAGUAGUCCGUUGGCUUCCCCGCGAUUGAGUAGGUGCAGGGGCGUUGCUUGCAAAAAAGUCAAUUGUCUUUUUCAAAAAUUCGCAAAGAGUCAAUUGUCUUUUUCAAAAAUUCCCAAUAAGUCAAGUGCCUUCUUGCGGAAUUGGAGGGUCUUCUUGGUUGACUUUUAUUGCGAAAGACAGAAGUCAGUUGACUUUUCUGGAAAAGGCUUGCAGAAGUCAAUUGACUUCUCAUUGACUUUGCUCAGAAACGAGAACGCCACUGACGUCGCUCGGAAUCACGCGAACGCGAGGGGUCAUUUGACCUUGCUCGGAAGUCGCCAAAAGUCUUUUGACGAUUGCAAUUUUUUUAGGUCAACUGAUAAUGGGCAAAUUAUUGAACUCGUAAUGAACUCGGAAUGAACUCGCUUUUGAACUCGUGUUCCAGUCUUUUUGAAAACUAUGAAAGUACGAGGUGGUCCCGUGCUAAAGAAGGUCCAAACCGCAUUGACGGGCACUGGGCAAACUCGCGCGACAAAAAAUUCUGCAGCGAUGGGCGAUACUGUUAAUACCAACGAAAGUGAUCAAAUGGAAAGAAAAACAGCCGGGCCCACCACGCUGGAAGAUAGUCCUGCUAAAUUUUCGGAGGCCAACAUGCGAAGAACGUCGACCACUUCUGCGUCGCCAGGCGCGCUUGCUGCACAGCAGGUGGCUCUCACGAUGGAUGAGGAGUUGAAAGAUUUGACUUCUACUAUUGCAGCACUCGAGGACCAGGCAAAGGAUUUGGAAAAGGCUGCGACGCAAGUCAACUACGUCAUUCAGCAAAAGCCAUUUGCAAAGCGAGCAUUUUCCGCCAUCGAUCCCGUGGCGCGUCGCGAUCGAGGGCGUCGGACGACGCAAAGAUCGCCGUCGAGUAGUCCGCCUCGCACGAGCGGUAAACAAGGAGUGCGAAGCAAAUCAGGGGGGCGGUCCACUUCUCCCGCCUCCCCCACAGGAGGACGGGGACGCAGAUACGCUGAGCCAAGAGGCCGGAGCCGGGCAACGAAGUCUCAAAGCAGAGCAGCUUCGUCGAAAGGGGAACGACGUGGCAGCGAGGGGAAAAUAAACAAAGAAAAGAACAGCACGUCGAUUCAUGACAUCUUCAACAAGAACGAUCAGAAGGCGAAGGCAAAGGAAGAUCCGUCCCAGCACUCACCAAACUUGCUCAUGCCGGUCAGCAACCAGCCGUUUUCGCUCGAGGCCGCGAUUGAGGCACUGCGGCGCUCCACGUCGCCCCUGUCCGAGAGCAAGAACGUGAAGUUUCUGCAGCAGGUCCGCCUCACGUCGCCGAGCGAUGAGCUGUUCCUGUACCGUCAGCGGGAAGCGGCCCGGGAAGCUUUGAAGCGGGUGCGGGAUGCCAUCGAGGAGAAGAAGGCCCGGAUUCGAUUUCUGAAAUCCGAUGCGUAUCGCCGAAAGUCUGAGGAGGACUUGGCGCGGCUGGAAGCGGUGUCCUCCAUGAUGUUUGCGAACCAGGAGCGUGCCAGGCCCAGCUACGCGCGGGCUACCGAGUCGUCCCGAUCGCGGAGCGUCUCCCCGCGGCAGCGACAGCAGGACGUGAGUCCAACGGAUUCGAACGCAGUUUGGCGAGGUUCCUUGCGCCACGAAGUUGCGGCCUCCCCUGCAUCACCAACUGCAGAGAAGCGGAAAGAGGUGCGCACUUCUUCCACUAGCAGACCACUUCUGACGACAGCCACAACCUCUGAAAAUGAUCAGCAGCAGCCUAGUACCUUUACCCGAAAUAACGAGUUUUCACUGGCUAUCAGCAGCAGCGCUGACCAGCAAAGUAGGUCGGAACAUGCUCGUGCGCCGUCCGGGCCGCCUCUGGGACAGGGGCUUGACCCUGCAACUGUGGAUCAGGACGAGGAAACCAGUCGCCUGACUGCGCAGUCCAGACAAAACAUCCGUUCCCCUCCGGUAAAGAAAAACAUUGUGUACAAGGAUACAGCUACAACAAGUUCUGCGAGUAAACCAAGUCCGUCGCGGGCACGAAGUUUUCCAGCGGCGACGCCGUCCGGCGCGCAUGCGGACACUGUACUAAAGAUGAAGACGGGGAAUGACACGUCGACUUCGGCAGGCGCGCCUUCCGCGGCUUCGGAACCAGAUAAGGAUGUCGCUUUUCUCUUUGAGCAGAAGUUGCAGACGCAGAAGAAACUGAUCGAGCAGAAAAGUGCCUGGUUCCAGCGGCAAAUUGAGGAGACGGAAACCGAGCGCGCUCGGCUGGAGAUGGAGAAAGAUAAACUUGCAGUCGAAUUGAUCGAGGUACUUCUAAUUUCUUGUGUCUCAGUUGCUGUGACUGGCUCAUCGUUGAAAGUCAUGAUUUGCCAUUAUUUGGCGUUUGCCGGCAGUGCAUAGCGCGAUGAAGAAGUUUUGACAUUGUUUGCAUUCUGUACCUUUCGUGCAAUUUACUAAAGAGCUGGGUAGAUAUUCUUUCGACGCACGGUUCGAAGCUCCAAGCAGAGCCAUUUCCUAGGACGUUUCUGCGCUUCUCGGCAGUACGUAGCACAACGAAGUUUUGAUAUUUCCACGAUUUCCAGGUAAAGCGGCGCGCACUGUUAGCAGCCGAGCGGGAGCUGGAGGAUUUCAAGCGCCGUGUCACCGCUGAACAAGACGAGAUGAAAGCUCUGCAUGCAGAGCAGGUCGCCGACGUGCAGCGCCAGGUCGACGUAGUUCAGCAGGCAGCGGAUUUGUACGGAAAACUUUGUGAGCACGUCGUGGAAACGCUUACUGCAAAGGGUGCUGCAGCCGCAGCAGGGAUGGAUAACAGCACAACGGCAGCCGGCGCCGACUUGGAGACGUUGCUCGCCUACACGCAGAAAAACGACCUAUUCACCGUUACAGAGGAACGAGGUUCAACAUCCGCGCAGUCUCGCGCGACGCUUGAUAGCCCCGCACUGAAGCAAAAAUUUUCCGGUAUAGUUGACUCGAACAGAGUAGACUCAGCCCGGUUAUUUCGCGAUUUGGCGAAGCUGAGCCAGAGCGCGCGUUACUCUGACGCCGUGCAGCGCGUGAAUUUGACCGCACCGGACUCCACUGCGCAAGAGCGGUUUGUCGCUUUCGAGAAGACCGUGGAGAGCUUUCAGCAGUUUUUUCAGGCGGACAUCAGCGCCAUGGAGUUGGCCGACCGUGUCCGGACCAAACUCGCGGUGGCGGUGAACGAGUACCAAAAGGUAAACAAGAAUGCAGAUCUUCUAGGGAGCAAUGUCGCAAUGACCAAUCAGAAGCAGGUCCGGCUCGAAUUGCCAGGAGAGGCCUUCCAGUUGCUUCUGUCCGCGGAUUCUGCCAUUGAAGUAGCUGCGUUCUACGAGUUCAAGCUAUUCCGCUUGAAAAAGUACAUGGAGUAUUGCGGCAUGCUGCAAACGGAUCUGGACACCACAAAUCUGCGCGCGGAAGCCGCAGCGAAGGAACGCGACGACGAAUUUCGUGGGCUCGAGGAUUUGAUGUGGGAUCUAAAGGUCAAGCAUGAAAAAUCAAUGCGUGAUCUGGAACAGAAGCACCAAUUGGAACUCACCCAGCUAAAUACCUCCUGGGAACAAGAGUUUUACGCAAUGUCAAGUCAAGUUCAGGAGCUUCAGCAACAGGCCGCAGCGGCGGUAUACAAUGCAGCGUAUCAAGCUGCGCAACCCGCGGAGGAGGAGGUCAACGAACAGAUGGAAGACGACACUGCGGAACAGGAAACUGCGCUCCUGGACGAAGAUGCGCCAGAAGACGAGCAGUUGCUGGGACAAACAGACGUCAAACCUCGACACUUGGAACUUGAGCAGCAGUUGACUUCCUUGCAAGCGCAAUUGGCGGAUGGUCCGUUUCGCGCACUAGUUGAAGAUGCGAAUCAGCGCGGCUCACUAGCAAUUUUUCUUCAGCAGGUUUUGGACGGCGACGUGGAGCUUCCGGGAGCUAGUCCCGGGCCUUUCGUGGAGCCAGGUGAGCAGAUGUUGGACAUGACUGACGGUCAAACGAGCAACAAGGUCGUAGUUGUCACGAGCAAUAUUGCGCCGCAGCAGCGGGAGGCGCAAGCUCAAGAAGUCGCGAGAUUUCUCGCCGCACAGGACGCUGUGGCAGCCCCUGCGGAGGAUGUUGAGCAACGCGCACCUUCCAAGAGCCGAACGUCGACCAGUCCCGCAACAGAGCUGAAGCUGCAGGAGAAGGAGAGACUGCGGUUGGAAAAACAGCAGCUGGAAGAGGAACUAGCUGCAGUGAAAGAGGAGCGGUCGGAAAUCGAAGAGCAGCGCGCAUCGCAAAUGCGCAGUCGGUUGACAAAGCGGGACCCGCGCGUGGGCUUCAGUCGCAGCACGUCCUUCUCGCCCGCCUCGAGGAGCCUGGUGGACGGGAACGCCCCUCCGGGGACAGCUGGCGCAAAGAAAUUUGACGCUCCCGCCCCAAGUACGGCGGAGCUGGCGAAGGAGCGCGCCGAGCUGGAGCGCACAAAAGUCGAGAUUCAGAAGCAGCGCGUCAGUGUGGAGAGAAUGCGUCGUUUGUACGAACGCAGUAAGGAAGACGCGAACAAUCAGAGGUGUGCUCCUGCACCGGCUGCGAACUACAAGCUGGAACAAAAAUCCCAGGGGCAAAGUUUCAUUCGUAAUUCCGCGGAACAAGUUGAUGGCGACCUGGAGUCGCAGCUACUGCAGAGCUACAACGAGCGUACCGCGAAAGACGGGCUGCUGGACGAAAGUAGAUCGAAAAAGGUCAGCGGAACCGUGCCGAAUAGCUGGACUGCACAAAAAUCGCCCGGAGAAGUGCCGGUGAAUAUCAAGGUUUCUCAACAAGAACAACCGACGCAAAUAACUCCACUGAAGCAAACCGAGCGGUUCCAAGGUAGCACCCAGCAGAUGCUUUACGAGGAGGAGGGAAAUCAACAAGCAGAGUCUCCGGAAGUAGAGAAAUCCCUGCACAGUUCGACGACCAAGGCGUGGCGAGCUCGUCGAGGUUUGCUAAGCCAGGAUGAGAUCGAGGAAACCCGGAACAAAACAAAGUUUUCAACCACCUCUGUCGAAAGCAGAAGCACGAAGCCGCCCAGGACGCCAGUAGUAGAAAACCCGAACACGACUACACUCAUCAGAAGCCCGUUGGACAACACGAACAAGGAGAAGCUCGCGGCUGAUGCCACGAAAAACCGAGGCAUCCCGAUGUGGGGCUCCGCGGACCGGCGGAUGGCCGCUUUGAAGGAACGGGCGCGUCAGUACGCCUCGGAAGUGGUGAAGCGGAAUAAGGAGGAAUUCAUUCAGCAGCGUUCCGCGGUGUCUUCACCCGGCGACAUGUUUUACUACGCAGACUACAAGUCGUCCGCAACGUCGACGCAAGCGAUACCCACUCCUGCAGCCGUGUCAGCGCGGGUAAACGAGACUACUGCCGGUGGAAAAGCAGAUGCUGAAUCUAGUAAUUCCGCGGAGGACGGCGCACCAGCACAGGCAGAGAUACAAUUGUCGGACGCUCCUGCAGAAGCGACACAUCAGGUCCCACUUACGGACGAUGCAGAUGAGCGAAUCACAGAAGCUGUUGCUGUGGACCAGAUCGAAAAGUCAGAGCAGGAGGCCUCAGGAGAAAAUGAAUUUGCGCAACAAGAAGAUGUUGAAGGUCUCGACUCAUAUGCAGCAGAACCAGGAGCGAAUGCGUACCAGCAGGGAAGAACGAGUGUUGCUGGGACCGGGGAGCAAGUGCCGUUGAAUUCAAAGUCCUCCGUCGCUGCGUCCUCGACCGCCGCCGCUGCCCCGACUACAACAGCAGCCGCGAAGGCCCCCGCACCGCUGCAGCUUCGGUCGCCGGUGCGCGCUGCUCGCACGCAGGCACAACUGUCCGCACUGGAGCAGGAGGCCGGGGCUUUGCGACGCGGGCUCACGCGAUUAAGCGUCACGGGGCUGGAGCAGCAAACCGAGACGCUACGGGAGAACGUACACCGGCUUUCAAUGAUGGAUCCGCUUACACACGCGCUGACCGAUGCACUGCACAAGGCGUACCUGGCCCAAAGUUCUUCCUCAAACAACGUGGCUCAGCAGGACGAAAUCGUGAUAGAAGCGACCGCAGGCAACGCUGGCAGCAUCGAUGUCACAAUUGACACGUCCCCUACGGAUAAGAAGUAA